CUAUGGCCUGUGGAGUUAGUUACAUGGAGUUUUGUGUGUUUCAUGUGUACAUGGCCUGUAUGCUUGGGAAGACCUGGGCAUGUUCACAGCGAGGUCGUUUGCUCCUGUCCGCCAUGUGUGACCCACGGUCACCUGGCUGGUGCAUAAAGUGUGGAGAUACUUAAAAUCCCAUGGAGAUGUGUCAUCUCCAGAUGACUUGAAUGUUUUCUCAGGCUUGACCACCUGGGUUGGCCCUUGCAUCUCAGGUGACAGGCCAGGGGGUCCUGGCACAGGGGUCUUGGCCGCCACUUUGGGUUGCUGAUGGCAUUGUGGUCUUUUGCAGGUGUUCCUGCUGACCAGAGCGGAAGGGAUGAGAAGACAGCAUGGAGACGCAGGCCCACAGCUCUGUGACUCCUGAGAAGAAGAAAGCAGAGAAUUCCAUUGUGAAGUGCUCCACCCGGACAGAUGUCAGUGAGAAAGCUGUGGCCUCCAGCACCACUUCCAACGAGGAUGAAAAUCCGGGACAGAUCUAUCACCACCACCACCACCACCACCAUCAUCGAGAGAGAAGAAACGCAAUCACAAUGCAGCCUCAGAGUGAGCAGGGGCUGGGCAAACUCAGCGAGGAGCCCUCGACGUCCAGUGAUGAGAGAGCUUCGCUGAUCAAGAAGGAGAUCCAUGGGUCUCUUCCACACCUGGCCGAGCCCUCUGUCCCGUACCGUGGGACUGUGUUUGCUAUGGACCCCAGGAAUGGCUACAUGGAGCCUCACUACCACCCACCUCAUCUUUUCCCUGCUUUCCAUCCUCCUGUCCCCAUCGAUGCCAGACAUCACGAGGGCCGGUACCACUACGAUCCAUCUCCUAUUCCUCCGUUGCAUGUGCCUUCUGCCUUAUCGAGUAGCCCGACGUACUCGGACCUGCCCUUCAUCCGGAUCUCCCCACACCGGAACCCCGCUGCCGCUUCUGAGUCUCCCUUCAGCCCCCCUCACCCCUACAUCAACCCGUACAUGGACUACAUCCGCUCCCUGCACAGCAGUCCCACGCUGUCUAUGAUCUCUGCUGCUCGCGGGCUCAGCCCUACCGACGCCCCGCAUGCUGGAGUGAGUCCCGCUGAGUACUAUCACCAGAUGGCCCUGCUGACCGGCCAGCGCAGUCCCUACGCAGACAUCCUGCCCUCAGCCACCACCGCCGGCGCGGGCACCAUCCACAUGGAGUACCUUCAUGCCCUGGAUGGUGCCAGGUUCCCCAGCCCCAGGCUGUCAGCCCGACCAAGCCGGAAACGCACGUUGUCUAUAUCACCACUGUCCGACCAUAGUUUUGACCUUCAGACCAUGAUAAGGACGUCUCCUAACUCCUUGGUCACGAUUCUAAAUAAUUCCCGAAGCAGCUCUUCAGCAAGCGGCUCCUAUGGUCACUUAUCUGCAAGUGCAAUCAGCCCUGCCUUGAGCUUCACCUAUCCAUCUGCACCCGUCUCUCUUCACAUGCACCAGCAGAUUCUAAGCCGACAGCAGAGCCUGGGCUCUGCCUUUGGCCACAGCCCUCCACUCAUCCACCCCGCCCCAACGUUCCCCACACAGAGGCCCGUUCCAGGGAUCCCUACGGUCUUGAACCCCGUGCAGGUCAGCUCAGGCCCCUCCGAGUCCUCACAGAACAAGCCCACCAGCGAGUCCGCUGUGAGCAGUACUGGUGACCCCCUGCACAAUAAGCGCUCCAAGAUCAAGCCGGACGAAGACCUCCCCAGUCCUGGAGGACGCGGGCAGCAGGAGCAGCCAGAAGGAACAACUCUCGUCAAGGAAGAAGGAGACAGAGAUGAGAGCAAGCAGGAGCCUGAGGUCAUCUAUGAGACGAACUGCCGCUGGGAGGGCUGCGCGCGGGAGUUCGACACCCAGGACCAGCUGGUGCAUCAUAUCAAUAAUGACCACAUUCAUGGAGAGAAGAAGGAGUUUGUGUGCCGCUGGCUUGAUUGUUCUAGGGAGCAGAAGCCCUUCAAAGCCCAGUACAUGUUGGUGGUGCAUAUGAGAAGACACACAGGAGAGAAGCCUCAUAAAUGUACUUUUGAAGGUUGCACAAAGGCCUACUCAAGACUAGAAAACUUGAAAACACACUUGAGGUCUCACACUGGAGAGAAGCCGUAUGUCUGUGAACACGAAGGCUGCAAUAAAGCUUUCUCCAACGCCUCGGACCGAGCCAAGCACCAGAACAGAACACAUUCCAAUGAGAAACCAUACGUGUGCAAAAUCCCCGGAUGUACCAAGCGUUACACAGACCCCAGCUCCCUCCGGAAGCACGUGAAGACUGUGCAUGGCCCUGAGGCGCAUGUCACCAAGAAGCAACGUGGCGACCUGCACCCCCGGCCCCCGCCCCCCAGAGACUCCGGCAGCCAUUCCCAGGCCAGGUCCCCUGGCCGGCCCGUCCCGGGGACCCUGGGGGAGCAGACGGAGCUGGGUGUCGCCACCUCAAAGCGGGAAGAGGGUCUCCAGGUGAAGACCGUCAAAGCUGAGAAGCCCAUGACAUCUCAGCCAAGCCCUGGUGGUCAGUCUUCAUGCAGCAGCCAGCAGUCCCCCAUCUGCAACUAUCCCCUCAGUGGGCUCGAGCUUCCUCUGACCGAUGGAGGGGGCAUGGCUGACCUCAGUAACCUGGACGAGCCCCCGAUCAUGGACGCCACCAUUACCACGGCCACCACCGCCCUGGCGUUGCAAGCCCGGAGAAACCCAGCAGGGACCAAAUGGAUGGAGCACGUAAAACUAGAAAGGCUGAAACAAGUGAAUGGAAUGCUUCCACGACUGAACCCCGUCCCACCGCCCAGAGGCCCUGCAGUCUCUCCUCUCACAGGAAAUGGCACACAGUCCAGUACUACCUGCACUUCGGGUGGGCCGAUGACUCUGCUCCCGGCCCGGAGUGACCUCUCCGGGGUGGACCUCACCAUGCUGAGCCUGGUCAGCCGGAGGGACAGCAGUGCCAGCACAGUCAGCUCGGCCUACCUGAGCAGCCGCCGCUCCUCAGGCAUCUCCCCCUGCUUCUCUAGCCGCCGCUCCAGCGAGGCAUCCCAGGCUGAGGCCCGGCCCCAGAAUGUAAGUGUGGCCGAUUCCUACGACCCCAUCUCCACCGAUGCCUCGCGGAGGUCCAGUGAGGCCAGCCAGAGCGAUGGGCUGCCCAGCCUGCUCAGUCUCACCCCUGCCCAGCAGUACCGCCUCAAAGCCAAGUAUGCGGCGGCCACGGGCGGCCCGCCCCCCACACCUCUGCCCCACAUGGAGAGGCUGAGCCUGAAGACCAGGAUGGCCCUGCUGGGGGACGGCAGGGAGCCGGCUGUGACCCUGCCCCCAGUGCCUCCUCCCCGACGGUGCAGCGAUGGAGGGGGCCACGGGUAUGGCCGCCGCCUGCUCCUGCAGGACGGGCUGGGCAAUGGUGUCCGGAGGGCCAGUGACCCUGUGAGGACCGGCUCCGAGGGCCUGGCCCUGCCCCGUGUCCAGCGCUUUGGUAGUCUCCACGGCCUCAACCCCUCAGGGGCACCUCCAUUCGGUGGCCUCCAUGGCUUCAGUCCUGCAGCCGGGGACAAGCGCAACCUGGUGUUGCAGAAUUACACCCGCCCCGAGGGGGGACAGCCACGACACUACCCAGUGUCCCCCUGUCCCCCGAGCAUCACCGAGAAUGUCACCUUGGAGUCCCUGGCUGUGGAGGCCGAGGACGACCUGAAUGAGGAGGACUUCCUGCCAGAUGACGUGGUGCAGUAUCUAAACUCCCAGAGCCAAGUGGGAUGCGGGCAGCACUUCCCAAGUGUGGCAUCUGAGGACAGCAAAGUGCCCCAGGGACCCAACGACUUUGACCUGGCUGGGCUGCCUGGUGGCCACCUGAGCCAGCAGUUCCGGCCAGUGGAGCAGCCCUGUGGCGAGGGCCGCAAGUCAGACUUGCCUAUCCAGUGGAACGAGGUCAGCUCGGGGAGCGCCGACCUGCCCUCCUCCAAGCCCAAGGGCAGCCUGAAGCCUGCAGGUAUGCAGGCCCGGGCCUAUGGCGGCAUGGUGGUUCAAGCACAGAGUCCAUGGAGGGUCGGGGGCUGCCUGGCGCUCGGGGACAGUGGCAGUGCCUACGGGGUCCCGGAGCACGUGGCCACCCACGAUGACCUGGGAACCAGCCCCGGGGGCAGUGCCCUCCUCGACCAGCCAUACAAGGCCCCGCGGUAUGGGAGCUGCCUCACUGGGCAGCCAGCACCCCCGGGAGCCCUGGAUGGUGCCUGCAGUGCUGAGAUUCGAGGGUCCAAGCUGAAAAGCACCACCACCAUGCCAGGAAAUGGGGUUCCUCUGGAUUUGGGUCUGGUAAUGGCAGCAAAUGAGACACCUGUCGGCUCUGAGAAUAGCCUACAGACCCCAGAUCCAAGGGGCCAGGGCUACCCCACUCAUCCGCUCCUGGGCGACAGCACGCACCGCCAGGGUGCGGGCCGGCCAGGCCCACUCAGGCCAGUGCAGCCUGGUGCUACCUCACAUGCCAGUGUCUACCCGGGGCUCGGGAGUGGCCUGCCGGGGACUCUAAGCACUGGCAGCCACCUCACAAGCUCCACAGCCGUCAGGGGCUACCAGCAGCCAUGUGCCAGCUACGGGGGCAGCAGGCGCCAGGCGCUGCCCAGGGGUGGCCUCACUCUGCCGCAAGGACCGCUGAGUGAUGCAAGUCAGAUCUGCAGGGUCAACGGGAUCAAGAUGGAGACGCAAGGGCCACCCCAACCUCUGUGUUCCAACACGCAGAAUUACUCUGGUCAGUUUUAUGACCAAACUCUGGGCUUCAGUCAGCAAGACACAAAAGCUGAUUUGUUCUCCAUGGCAGAGGCCAACUGCCUGCUCCAGGGAGCCCACGCAGAAAACUCAGAGUUACUCUCACCCGGUGCUAACCAGGUGACCAGCACGGUCGAUGGCCUGGACGGCCAUGACCUGGAAGGGGUGCAGAUUGAUUUCCAUGCCAUCAUUGAUGAUGCGGACCAUGCUAGCCUGAUGUCUGGGGCCCUGAGCCCAAGCAUUCUGCAGAACCUUUCCCAUAGCUCCUCCCGACUCACCACACCACAAGCCCCCCUGCCCUUCCCAGCACUGUCUCUCAGCACAACCAACAUGGCGAUUGGGGACAUGAGUUCUCUGCUCACCUCGCUGGCAGAAGAAACCAAAUUCCUCGCCGUGAUGCAGUAGGCACUAGGCAAGAAAGACUGCAGACAUAGGAUCUUGGGAGGUGAACAGUGGAACUGACUCCUGGAUAUAUAUAUAUACAUAUAUAUAUUAUAUUUUUUUUCCUGGCUGUUUUGAAGUUCUUGUAUGUAUUUUAGCAACCUCAUCUCUUCUGACUGGGAUGUCUUUCAAGUAUUCCUUUCAUAGAAAAGGACUCUGAAAAACCCUAAGGUAUCCUAGGAAGGAACUGUCUUCCAUUUCAGUUUUGAAUCAGUAUUGUGGCACUCAAACCAACCUUUAAAAAAAAAAUCCUGUAUGCCCACUCUCUUUCUUUUUUUAGUAAACCAGUGUAAAUGUAUGAUGUGCAUGUUCUUUCUUUUAAGAAGAGAGGUUACCAGAUAAAUAGAUGUGUUGUGCUUCUUGUUACUUCAAGGAAAUGGAAGUUGUUGUGCGUGUGACCAAGGAAUGCCAUGUCAGCCUUUCUUAUUUUCUUUUACUUAACCUCAGCAUUUGGGGGGAUUUGGAUUGUUUUUUUGUUUUUGUUUUUUUAUGUGUGUGUUUUUCUUUCGUCCCCACAUUGGGCACAGAAAUCAGAAUAGAAAGAGUGGACUUGAAGAAUCUUUUGUGGGUGCAUCCUAGCAUAGAUCAGAAUACAUUCUCUAAUUGAUCUGGGUUCUUUGCCUAACUGCUGUCCCAGGAGUGGAAACCUGAGGCUCACCUGAAUGAGAGUGUGGGUUGUAUGAUUCUUCAUGUCCAUUGUGUGCUUUGGGUCCGUGUGCUCAGGUCUCAUUAUUUUGCCUUCUUCUCUGUCUACCUUCCAGAGUGUUCAGGGUUUAGUGCUGAGUGAGAGGUGGAGAUGGACAGCUGGUGAUAUUCAGAUAUGAUGCGCCUUGGGUC